CUCCCGAUUUCAAAGAUCUCGGAAUCGAUUUUUAUCACUUGUACUCGUGGCUCUUACAAAAAAAAAUAUAUAUAUUGUCCUCAAAUUUCCUCCAUUGCAAAUUGGAGAGGGAAGGUGACAAUUGCAGAGUACAGUAAUGGAGGGAAGGCGAUUCAGACGGCAAGCAAGAAUUCGAGCUCACACCCUUUUACCCCUGCGCUCUACUCGUCUUUCUAACACCAUUUCUUGCUGGUAUUGCGACCUUAAGAUUUCUCGCUUCAAUGAACCCAUUUACCAAUUUGGGCAGAAAUACGCCAGAUAUUUGAGAGUUUGGUUUUCUGUGGGAGUUGGUUUCAGUUUAAGUGUGCUUUUUGGAGUCACCAUGAUUCUUAUUUGGGAAUCAGUGGCUACUUUAUGUCUAUCUGAUGGAAGCGAUAAAAUUAGUGAUCUUUUCAGCUCCUUACUGUUAGGUGCUAACCCCUCUGUUUUUGGCUUUUAUAUGUCAUUGACUGAUGUUUUAUACUUGGUAGUCUCCACUGUGGUAUCUGUAGCAGUGCAUGAAUUUGGACAUGCCGCUGCUGCUGCAAGUGAAGGAAUACAGUUGGAGUACAUUGCCAUAUUUCUAGCUGUUCUGUUUCCAGGGGCAUUGGUUGCACUUAAUCACGAAUUAUUGCAAAUUAAACCACACUCUGCUUCCCUUCGUAUAUAUUGUGCUGGUAUCUGGCACAAUGCUGUGUUUUGUGCAGCUUGUGGUUUGGCGUUGUUGCUAUUGCCUCUAAUGCUUUCUCCUUUCUACAUACAUGGAGAGGGCCCCGUGGUACUGGGUAUCUCUGGAAGCUCACCUGUGUCUGGUUAUCUGUCUCCUGGUGAUGUCAUUAUGUCAUUGGAUGGAACUAAAAUUAGCAACGCACGAGAAUGGCUAGAAAUGGCAAAUUUUCUGGAAAAGCAGACGUUGGUGAGCUCUGAGUCCCAGGUUGUGAAAGGAUUUCUGACUGUUAAUAGGAAAACUUACUGUGUCCCUAGUUCUUUGGUGGAGAAAAGUGUCACUGUGCUUUUGAGGAGUAACCAGACUGCUUGUCCCGAUGAGCACUUUGCUUUUGUAUCUGUUCCCUGUUUCGAAUCAAGUGCUCAAUCUUCCAACAAAGAGGCAUAUGAUAUUCAGAGAAUUAAUAAUAAUGGGUACUGCCUCAAUUCUGCUGAUAUUGUCAAGCUUAGAAGUUGCAAAAGCUUGUGGACAACUGAUAUUAGAAGUGGCUGCAUAUGCUCAGAGAAUGAGCUGUGCAUGUCACCAGUUCAAAUGCCUGGUGUUGUGUGGGUUGAGAUUAUGUAUAGAAGUCCUUACUCUCUUCAAUGCAUGAAACUAGAAAAUAACCUGACUGUUGUGGAGAGUUCUGAUUCUGGGGAUGACUGUCACAAGACUUUUCUAUUUGUUGGUGAUGUGAUUUCUAUGGCACGUUCAGUGAGUAUGACAUCCUUCCAACCACGUGUUGCUUCUCCGUUUGGCUCAUAUCUAGCAGAUAUGAUAGAGAAGAUUUUGGCGUGCACCUUCCAAGUGUCGGUUGCUUUGGCCCUCCUCAACAGCCUUCCGGUCUACGGUCUCGAUGGUGAAUCAAUCUUGGAGGCAAGCUCUUUUUGUGUUACUGUUUUGAGUCCUGGGAGGAGGAGACUCUUGCUUCAAGCUUCCCUAUUUGGGGGCUCCAUCAUUUCUUGCCUUGUAUUUAUUAGAAUAUUUCUCAUUAAAUUUUGGUAAGUUUUUUUUUUUUUUUUUUUCCUCUUGGGGGGGGGGGGG